CUGGGGUAUGUUCUCACUUGUUUGCGUGAGAUGGAACGAGAAGGCACAUAAAUAUUUUGUGUUUGUGUUGUCAAAUGUUUGCAAAAGUUUUGACUCUUGAUUAUGACUCAGAACCUAAAAAAUUGAUCCAAAACAAAUGACGUCAGUGGUUGCAGUCGGCUGGAAUUACAGUCAUCCAAACAAUUCUUCGAUAUCCUGUUAUUGGUCUAUAACGAAUUUUUACGAUGGUCUAUUUAUAUUUCUACGUCAACGUCAGUUGGAGGAUUUAAAUGUACUCUACUCUUCACCACUCAUUCAAAACCAAAACAUGCAUUUUCCAUUUUUCUUCAGAAUAAAUUAAAAAUAGGGGAGUGCGUUUUUCAUGAUUAUUGAGUAUUGAGUUUGUUAAACAAGGUCAAAGUGUUGAAAAUGGAAGACCAUAUAAUUGAGGUUUUAAAAACUCCUAUAAAAAGUAAAAGUGAUAAAAAAGAAUACAAAAUUAUCAAACUGAAAAAUGGUUUAAUUGCAGUACUUAUAUCUGAUGUACAAAACCAAACAGAUUCAAAUGAAAUAAAUCAAGUAGAAACUGCUAAGGAAGAAAAAAUGGCAGCUGCCACAUUGCAAAUUAGGGCUGGAUGUUUAUGUGAUCCUGUAGAAAUCUUAGGACUUUCGCAUUUUCUGGAACAUAUGGUUUUUAUGGGCAGUGAGAAAUUUCCGGCAGAAAAUGAUUUUGAUUCCUUUAUUAGAAAAGGAGGUGGUAGUACUAAUGCCUAUACAGAUUAUGAAGAAACAGCAUUUUACUUUGAGUGCCUUGAAAAACAUCUUCCUGAAGCUUUAGAUAAAUGGUCACAGUUUUUUAUAGCUCCCUUAUUAAAAGAAGAUGCAUUGACUAGGGAAAGAGAAGCCGUGGAUUCAGAAUUUCAAAUGGCGUUACCAAACGAUGAAUGGAGAAAGUGGCAACUGUUAAUGAGGACAGCUAAAAAAGGUACAUGUGUACAGGUAAGCUUUCCAUGGGGUAAUUUGAAGACUUUAAAAGACAAUAUAUCUGAUGGUGAGUUGUACAAAAGUGUUCACGAACAUAGAAAGAGGUACUAUUCUUCACAUAACAUGACUUUAGCUGUACAAGCAAGACUCCCAUUAGACACACUAGAAGAUUAUGUCAAGGAUUUCUUUUCAGGUAUACCAAAUAAUAAUUUACCUAAACCUAAUUUUAGCGAGUUUGUUGAUGUUUUUGAUACACCUGAAUUUAACCGAAUCUACUAUAUUAAACCAUUAAAUGAAACAAUUCAACUAGAUCUUGUUUGGGCUUUACCAUCACAUAAAUAUGAAUAUAAGAGCAAACCAAUAAAAUAUUUAUCACAUUUGUUGGGUGAUGAAGGUAAAGGUAGUAUUUUGUCGUAUUUGAAGAAGCAUAUGUGGGCUUUGGCACUAACAUCAGGUUGUUCCUGUUCUGAGUAUGACAAUAACUCUCUUUUUAGCUUGUUUACUUUAAAUGUAGUAUUAACAGAAGAGGGGUUAAAACAUGUCUUUGAUGUUAUUGCAGUAAUUUUUGCUUAUAUCAAUCUUUUAAAAACAGAGGGUCCACAAGAACAAGUGUUUGAAGAGCUGAAAGUAAUUGCUGAUACAGAUUUUAGGUUUGAAACUCAAUAUUCGGCUAGUUAUACCACAAUUACACUUGCCACUAACUUGCAUGUAUAUCCUCCUGAAGAUGUCAUUUCUGCUAGUAAAAUAUACAUGGAAUAUAGAGAAGAUAAAAUAACUGAGGUAGUGAACAAGUUGACACCCAAAAAUGUAUACAUUGCUAUUACAACAAAAGUAUUACCAGAUGGUUUACAAUUCAACAAGAAAGAAAAAUGGUUACAAGCCGAAUACACAGACAUACAGAUUUCUGAGGAACUAUUAAGCAAAUGGGAGUUAGUGGUGCCAUAUACUGAACUCAGUCUCCCUCCUCCUAACCCUUUUUUGACCAGCAAUUUUGAUUUACUACCUUGCAUCUCCAAUCAACCUGAAUAUCCACAAAAAUUAAUAGAUACAGACAAAUGUGAAUUAUCGUACAGACAAGAUCAAAAGUUUAAGCUACCAACAGCCCAUUUCCAUAUAUACCUCAUAAAUCCUGUUACCAUAGAAUCACCAAAAAAUUUUGCCUUAAAUGAUUUGUUUGUUGAACUACUAUCAUUUGCUAAAUGUGAAGAGGUUUAUCCAGCUACUGUGGCCAGUUUGCGUGCACAUUUUACAGCUGAAGAUAGGGGAAUCACAUUUCAAGUAAAUGGGUUUAAUGAAAAGUUGCCAUUGUUAUUGGAAUUAAUGACAAAAUAUGUAUUAAAUUUGUCUGAUCAUAUAAAUCAAGACAUAUUUAAUGGGGUUAAAGAAGAGGCUUUAAAACAGUAUUAUAAUAGAGUGUUUCAAACCGAUUCUUUAGAAUAUGAACUUGAAAACAAACUGUUGAUUAGAAACUAUUUUUCUCCUUUAGAUACUUACAGGGAACUUUAUAAUCUUACUUUUGAUGAUAUGCUAGAUUUUAUUCAAAUUUUUCCAAAAAACCUUUAUGUUAAAUCUCUUGUUCAGGGAAAUGUUUCAGCAGAUGUAGCAUGUGACACCAUUAACAAGUUUAUUAAAAGUUUGGAUUUUGAAGAAAUACCAAAAGAAAAAUAUCCCAAAUUGUCUGUACCACAGAUACCUCUUGGGGAAAAGUGUCUAUUUGUGGAAUCAUUUAAUAAAAAAGAUACCAAUUGCAUUACUUCAAAUUUAUUCCAACUAGGAUUGUUUUCUCUGCAAGACAUGGUUCUUAUGGACAUAAUUAUGAGAAUAAUUGAUGAACCAUGUUUCAACACUCUCCGUACAAAUGAACAACUAGGGUAUGAUGUAUCUACAUAUGGGCGUAGAGAGUAUGGUGUAUUAGUUUACUCCUUACAUGUUACCUCUCAGGUUAAUAAAUAUUCCACAGAAUAUUUAGAUUCCAGAAUUGAAGCAUUUUUAAAACAAUCUCAAAAACUAGUAGAUGAAACUACUGUUGAAGCUUUAGAGAAGAUUAAAGAGGAUUUGAUUAAAACAAAACAAGUCUGUGACCAUAAUUUAUCAGAAGAAGUGUAUAGGAAUUGGUUAGAGAUUAUCUAUGAUGAUUAUAUGUUUGAUAGAGCAAAACAAGAGGUAGAAUGCAUUAAGACUAUAACAUUGGACGAUAUUAAGAUAUGGUGGAAUAAACACAAUCAUUUUGGUAGCCAAGAAAACUUCCGGAAGAUUAGUUUUCAAAUAGCUGGCCAUAUUCAAGUUAACCAAGCUACCUGUACUGAAGCAACAGUAAUAGAUGAAAGUGGCCUUAAAGAUACAGCACUGAAAAUACUGGGUGAUAAUAAAAAUUUACCAGAAGGGAAAUCUGCUGGAUAUUUUAUUGAAGAUAUUGACGAGUUUAAAAAUAGUUUAUGUCCUUUUUCAAAAGCAGAGGAAUAAUUACAGUUUCUACAAUUAUUGUUAUUUAGUGUUACCUUAUAAUGUGGCAAUGCAGUAGAAUGUUAGGUUUUAAAAGUGAGCAUUUGUCCGAAUGAAUUUUUUCAAACAAUUUGUCUUGGAUUUGUUUGAAAUAAAACAUAAUAUGUUACUAAUCUCUAUCAUAGCAAUAAUUUAUUAAUCAAUUUAAUGUUCUUGGAUUUGUGACAUUGCUUACUUUUCAAUGUUUUUAUUAAUUUGCCUAUAUACAGUAGAGCGUCGAUUAUCCGAACUAAUUGGGGGACAUGGGUGUUCAGAAAACCGAUUUGUUCGGAUAAUCGAACUAUAUUGAUAUAGUCAUACAUAUUUAUCCACAAGUGAACAAAAGCCAUUUUUAUAUACCUACAUUAUUUAUUUAUAUCUUGAUAAUCAGAUUCAGAUUCGUUUAUUCAUGUCAAUAACACAAGUGUUUAACACAUGUCAAAUAAAAUUACACAAAGAUUUGGACGCAAUACAAAUUAAAAAGAUGCACAAUACGACUAAGAGUAUUAAUAACAUUAAAUACUAACAUUAAAAUCACAUUAAAUUUGAUUACAUUAACAAUGGACAUUGCUUAAAGUCAUAAAAUCCUAAAAUUUAAAUGCAAGAAAUUCCUCAUUACUAUAAAAAACAUUUUCUAACAAAAUAUCUUUAAUUGUACUCUUAAAUUGAUUUAAUGGAAGACACUUUAAACUAUCUGGAAGUUUGUUGAAAAAUUUAAUAGCCCAGUAUCCUGGCCCAGUUUGACACCUCCUCAAUCUCCAGUAGGCUGGCACGAGAUGGUGUUUAUAUCGGGUGUCAUGUUGGUGUAUGUUCUCAUGGGUUUCAAAGUGCGCCCCUCCCCUCUUGAUAAACAUUAGGUUCUCAAGUAUAUAUAGAGAUGGAACAGUGAGAAUUCUUAGGGACCUAUAUGCUUGCCUACAAUCAUCCCUAUACCAAAGACCAGCAAGAACUCUAACUGCCUUACGCUGCCAACCAAAGACUGUCAACAUUUCUGCUGAAUGACCCCAGACUAAAAUGGCAUAGGCUAGAUGAGACUGAAAAAUUGCAUGGUACGCUGUUAUUAAGACUUCAUGUGAAACAUUAGAUGCCAGAUUCCUGAGUACAAACAGAUUUUUUGCUAGCUUUUUACUUAGACUGUUGAUAUGUUCACCCCAUUGAAGCUUGGGAUCUAAUAAUACACCCAGAAAUCUGACACUGCUCAUACCAUCAUUUACAUUCUGUGUGUCUCUGAAAGAAAAAACAACUCUGUUGGUUUUUGCUGCAUUGAGCAGUAAUCGGUUUACGCAAAACCAUUCAUUGGUCACUGACUGUGCAGACAUAGAACCCUCAAGCGACUCCCCAAGUGUAUCAGUUGUAAAAGACACUGUGGUGUCAUCGGCGAAGAGUGUGUACUUUGCAUUUGUGUUAAUGCUCGUAAGGUCAUUAAUAUAAAUUAGAAAGAGAAUGGGUCCCAGAACAGAGCCCUGGGGAACCCCAAUAUUAACAACACUCUUUCCCGAUAACACCCCAGAGACCCUCACAACCUGUGUUCUGUUUUCUAAGUAAGAUUGAACUAGUUUUACACUGUAAGGACAGAAGUUGUAUUUUUUGAGUUUUUGCAAGAGCAUUCCAUGAUCUACACAGUCAAAUGCCUUGCUCAAGUCACAAAACAGAACAGUAUUAAACUGCAACCUAUGAAAGGAGUCUACAAUAUGUGAGACCAAGUCCAGUAUGCCAAGUACUGUGGAUUUGUCCUUUCUAAAACCGAACUGAGAGUCUGAGAAAUAGUUAUUAUUUUCAAAAAAUGUGGUUAUUUGUACUGCCAUAGCUUUUUCAACAAUUUUAGAGAUUAUUGGAAGCAGCGAAACAGGUCUAUAGUUUUCUGGAUUCUUAACGUCCCCUUUUUUAUAAAUUGGUGUAACAAUUGCUUUUUUAAGGACUGAUGGAAAUUUAUUUUCUUUAAAGCAUAGAUUUAUUAGUUUAGUGAGUGGGCUUAUAAUAAUAUUUUUAAUCAUUUUAAUAAGGUUAACAUUAAAUCCAUAUAUAUCA